AUGACUUGUUCAGGGCAAAUAAUGGCACUUAUUCUUAACUUAUAUGGAUUGACAACAAGAACUGUUACAAUUACAAGAGUUGUCGAGUAUAUACUCUCAAGAAUCUCUAAGCUGGUUGAUGUAAAAAAUUGCAUUAUAGACGAUGAUAACAUAUACGAAAAAUUCGUUAUCGCUUCAUAUCCUUGGGUAUUUGAGCUCGGUUUAACAUAUUCUCCUGCUGUUGGAACGUAUUUAUUGAUACACGGUCGUGCCCUGUCGCAAGAGCCCUCCGGUGUUCCCGCCGCUUCAACGCCUCAAGCACACUCGAAGAGGGCGCUCUUUCACUUUUCUGGCGGAGGAUGCGGGUUUGUUGAUAGACCCUCGCUUCCAUAUCCGCCAGAAUAUCCAAGGGCAGAAAGCGCGCUAGGACGGUUUGCACCUAUGCGGAUGCAUUUACCAGCAUCCCAAUGGCGGGAAUUGCGCGAAGACUAUAAUAGAGCGACCCGAUUGGUUCGUUCCUUUGAUGAGGUCAUUAAUAGUAUUGUGUUUACUUCAUUUGCGAGUAAUCUUUUCUUUGUGUGCGUUCAACUUUACCAUCUAUUAGGAUUAUUCAACGGAUACGAACAUACUCUAUACGUCACUUUUUCUUUGAUAUUCCUUCUCUCGCGUUCCUUGGCGGUUUUGCUCAUCGCUGCUCAGGUGCAUUCCGCGUCUCUUGUCGCAACUCCAUCGCUUUACAACGUCCCAUAUUCCUCAUAUGGUACCGAGGUUCAAAGAUUCCUUGACCAAAUUCAUGGUGAUACCGUAGCGUUGACCGGUCUUAACUUUUUCUAUGUAACUAAGGAGUUGGUUCUUUCUGUGGUUGGCACCAUUGUUACUUAUGAGCUAGUCUUGGUGCAGUUUAAUCGAUAA